GAGAGUGACACGCCUCAUUGGGUGGAUUAUGUGCCGCAAACAAAAAGUGUGUGUCUGUGUGCCAGUCAGCCAGAGCAUCGGGCCCCAUCUGCACGCUUAUAUCUCACUCUCUGUCUGCUUUUACCCGACCGGCUCAGUGUGCCCGGCCAGUAUCUGCAGCAGGAGAAGCGGCAGUGCUGUAAUUUUCACCGCUCCGGGGGGGUGGAAAUGUACUGAUCGUAAACAGCGCAAACCCGGAGCGCAACACUAUCUCCAUAAUUUUUAAUUGAAUCCCCCUGAUUAUUUUUUUGGACCUUUUCUUUUAUAUCUCUCCUUUUUCCCUCUCUCUCCUUUGGGUGCAUACUGGUUUUUUCGGUCACAGCGUCGCUCUCAACUCUUUUGUGGAUUAUUACGCGUCCUUAUCGACAGACAGGGCGAAAUGGAGGAAUCCAGCUCGCAGAAGUUGGCGUGGGAUGGGGACGCCAAAGCUGUUCAGCAGUGUCUGACGGACAUUUUUACCAGCGUCUACACGACGUGUGACAUCCCAGAGAACGCCAUAUUCGGGCCUUGCGUGCUGAGCCACACGUCGUUAUAUGACAGCAUUGCUUUCAUAGCUCUGAAAUCCACCGACAAACGGACAGCACCUUACAUCUUCAGGGUAGACACUUCAGCGGCCAACAGCACCUCUGAGGGUUUGAUGUGGCUGCGACUGGUCCAGUCAGCCCGGGACAAAGAAGAACAGAACUUGGAAGCCUAUGUAAAGAAUGGCCAGCUCUUCUAUCGUUCUCUGCGUCGCAUCGAGAAAGACGAGGAGUUGUUGGUCUGGUACGGAAAAGAUCUGAUCGACCUGCUGCUACUCAGCUCCAGCAGAGGCCCAUCAAAGGGCAAAGGUUCCUCCCAUCACUCCUGCCCCGAUUGCAGCCAACGAUUCCAGUUUGAUUUUCCAUUUUUGGCCCAUCUCCGGUUCCGUUGUACCAAAAGACUUCAAAGCAUUACAGGAGCCGAUGAGGAGCCCAGCAAAGACAGCAGUACAGGGAGAUCAAAUAUCACCCCCACCAGGACCAGCCCAAAGAUGGGCCGCUCUGAGGCUUACGUCAGUCCUCAAGACAGCAACAAACCGUCCACAGACUUUCACAACCUGGCCAGGGAUCUAGAGAACAACCGGACUAGUCCCCCAAGUGACAAGGAGGCCGAAAUCUGCAGUGAGAGCUCGGGGAAGAGGAAGUUCUCAGAAAUGGAGGAUAGGGAGCGAAGAGGAUCCGGCCUUUCACAGACCAAGACUAAAGAUGAGCUUGCGACAUCUGCACAGAAUUACAGAGGAGUUUAUGGCCUGGAGGAGAACCACAGGUCAUUUUCUCCGCCGGGCUCAACAGAGCAUGGAGAGGCCAAGCGCAGCGCCUUCACAGAGGUAAAGAAGUCAGCCCAGAACCUCAAACACCACAGUGGCAACAAGAAUCUUCAGAGCUCCAAUUCUGAAAACAAAGACGGAGGGCGUCCCAGCAGCAAUGCUCCGGAGAAACACCUCAACAUCAGGCAGGUGCUGUCAGAGACGCAGCCGCCCCAAACCUCACCGAUGGGAAGCGCGUUCACCUCUGUUAGCCAGCAAGGGGGCGGCAGUGGAGGAGAGAGGAAGAGUGCCUUCAGCCAGCCGUCCCGCUCCUUCUCGCAGAUUUCACCCUUGGUGAUGCCUCCAAAGCUUCUGGACUGCCACCCAGCAGUGGGCGACACCAUGUCCUCCAACAGACUCUAUCAGGCUGAUCAUCUCGCUGCCAAGCUGCAGGGUGCGGAACUGGGCACCAACUGCCCAGUGCCGGGCAGCAUCGGUAAGCAGAACCCCUUUGUGUACGCCACUGCCUUCUGGCCCAAGAACUCUGGGCCCAUUCAGCUCCAGAUGCCCUCGGCCCUCACCCUACUGCCUCCCUCCUUCACCUCCCUGUGUCUGCCGGCACAAAACUGGUGCGCCAAGUGCAACGCCUCCUUCCGUAUGACCUCAGACUUAGUUUACCAUAUGCGAUCCCACCACAAAAAGGAGUACUCCAUGGAACCCCUAGUCAAGCGGCGACGUGAAGAGAAACUCAAGUGUCCCAUAUGCAACGAGUCCUUCCGCGAGCGGCAUCACCUGUCACGUCACAUGACCUCCCAUAACUGACUUUUUCCAGACAAGCAAUGAAGAGACUUUUGCAAAGGAGGGACUGAGAACCUACCUGGAUAUAAGCCCUCCGACUGGAAAUGGGCCAGCUAUAAACACAAAACCACACAUUGCACUUGUUUUUACUUUUGAUUUGUUCAGAUUCCUCUUUUGGUCUGUUGACUUUUUUUUUUUACUUGUACAAAAGGUCAUGUUUUGAGUGUAUGCAAAUCUGUUUUGACUUAAAAUGAAUCUAUUUAUGGAGCACUUAAAAAUUUGAGAAUAAGGAAAGAUUUAAAUAUGUGGAAUUGUACAGUAAGUUGUAUUUUAUAUUAUACAAAUGCAAAUAUAGAAAUGAAUUACAAUUGUAGUCGAUGCGUCACGGUUUACAAUACACCAACUUUUUUUCAUGUUUAGACAUGAAAAAAAAGUUGGUGUCUGUAUUAGUAUAGACACUAAUUGGGGAUAUUAUGUCAGACUAUAUUUCAGAGUGCAUGUGUUACUAAAUUAUAUUGAUUUCAGAUGCAGUCUAUACGUUACAAUGUAAAUAAUUUGUUUAAUUUGAAAUACAAAGUGUAAUAUUUUGUGUCAGUGGGGAAUAGUUUCAGUGUUUCUUCCUUUUUGCGGAAAUUUACUACUUGAUAGUUUAUCUAAUCAUGUUGAAUGCAUUGACAAUAAAAUAGCUUUAUUUUCAACUGUGGCAUUUCUGGAUUCUUCAGUAUGAGCAACUGAUCAGGAAUAUAUCUAACUCACAUUGACAAAAAGUUUUA